AUGGAUUCUAGACGAACGAGUAAUGAUCAACGAUAUUUUGAAUCUUAUGACAACUUCCAAGUUCAUGAAUUAAUGUUACGUGAUCGUCCACGUGUAACUGCAUAUCAUGAUGCGAUUAUGAAUAAUAAACAUCUAUUUGAAAAUAAGAUUGUACUUGAUGUUGGAUCUGGCACGGGUAUAUUAAGUAUGUUUGCUGCUAAAGCAGGUGCUAAACUUGUUUAUGCAGUUGAUGCUUGUCCGACAAUAUGUGGUUUAGCGAAAGAAUUAAUACAAAAUAAUGGUUUACAAGAUCAUAUUCAAGUGAUUAAUAAACGUGUUGAAGACAUUGAAAAAUUUGAUCAUAAUAUCGAUAUUAUCAUAAGUGAAUGGAUGGGUUUUUAUCUCUUUCAUGAAAGUAUGCUUGAAUCGGUAAUCUAUGCUCGUGAUCAUUUUCUCCAUUCAUCAUUACAAAAUGAUGAUAAUACACCUGAACCCAGUGAAUCAAUUGUUAUUUUUCCAUCUCAUGCUUAUCUGUAUUGUGCUCCAUUUGUUGAUCAACAUAUUCGUAUUGAAUUAAAUACAAUGUGGGAUGAUUAUUUCGGUUUAAAUAUGUCUCCGAUUCUUCCACAUAUAAAAAAUUCUGAUCUUAGUGAAUGUGUUGUUGAAACAAUUGAACCAUCUCAACUUGUUCAUGAUUCACAAUUAAUACAAUCUAUUGAUCUUCGUACCAUUCGUAUUGAUGAUCUACGGUCAAUGCGUUCAAUGUGUGAAUUUGAAAUUGAUAAUACAUGUAUUAUAUCAGGUUUUUGUUUUUGGUUUGAUUGUUAUUUUUCUUCCAAUAAUAAUUCAUCUAUAUUACGUUCAACACGUUUAACAACAAGUCCACAUACAUCACCAACUCAUUGGAAACAAACACUUGUUUUCCUCCCAGAAGAUAUAUAUCCAUUGAAAGGUGAUAUUGUGCCUGUUAAUAUUAAAUUAAAACAAUCAUCAGAAAAUCGACGACAUUAUAAUUUAACAAUUUCGAUUAAAAAGAUUAAAGAAGGUGCAAAUAAUAAUAAUAUUGAUGAUAACGAAAAUGAAGAAGAAAGUUCAACAACAACGGAAUCAAAUAAAAAAAAACGACGAAGAAGACGUUCAUCAACAAUAUCAUCCGAUAAACGUACUGUAUCAGAAAAUCAACAGAUGGAUACAGCAAGUGAUACAACAAGUAGUGAGAGUGAUAAUGAUGGUAAUGAAUCAGAUGAACAUCCUAUUCCAUGUUCAUGUGAUCGUAAUAGAUGCAUAUUAAUUAAAACAAUUAUUGAAAAAUAUGAUGCAGAAAAUAUCGUCGAAUAA